AUGGCACAAACCCACUUGUAUUCUGAGACCUAUGGUGCUUUGCAGUAUCGUCGAAUACGUCGGAUGGAAAGGAAGCUUAAGUUAGCUCCAGGGAACAGUUCCUUGCAAUCGUCUUUAAAAGGGCGUCAGCGAGGCAUAGCAUCUUAUGUUCAAAACAGUAAUGGCGGUAACUCCGGGAAUGCGGUGAGAGUUCCAGUGUUGUGUUCACCUCCACAGCUGUCACCACAAUCCUACGAAAGCCCCAUCUUCGAUACCUGUUAUCCUGAUGAUGCAUUCAAAUCUGACCUUACGUCAGCACCACCACCUCGUCUUUCACCACCAAAAGAAUCACUUAGUGCUACUACUACCGGAUUUACAGCCUUUUCUGAAUACGUUGGUCAUAUUGAUACUGAUUCCGAAACCUCCUUGGAGUCUUCUACUGUCCCAUCUAAUUUCUCAACUAAAUCCACUAAAAUCUCAAGGAAGCUACUCCCAUUACAUCCAACUGUUCGAUCUCGUCUCCUUAAGCGAUCGGGUAUGUGUUAUUGUGGACAAUAUGUUCGAUCAAUUUCUUCCGGUGUUGCGAACAUCGAUGAGUCGGAAAGGUGGGCAUGCGCGAGUCUUCGAAGCUCCCGUGCCCUGGUUGGUUGCGGCUGCAUCACCUCACCAUGUGAUCCCGACACCUGUUCUUGUGCCUUCGACGGAGUCCCCUGUCAAGUUGACCGUCCCGGUUUCCCCUGCAGCUGCGACCCUGUGCUAUGCUGCAACCCAAGCGGUAGAGUGGAAUUCUCCAAAGAACGGGUCCGUGCACAUGCCAGUCACGUUCUCCAGCGGGUAAGUCACUUGCGACACUCAUUGUUUUACCGCCGCUGGCGUCCACAUUCGCCAUUUUGUAAACAACUGUUGUGUCCCCCUAUUGAUGAGACACUUCAGCUUACCGACGUGUUCUUUUUUAAGUUGGCUUCCGAAUGUCAAACCGACGAGGCAACUCAACUCCUUAGUUCAGAGCACGGCGAGUGUCUCUGGUGUUUGAAAAAUUAUGCCACAACACCGGCACCGCCGCCGUCACCUCCACUACCCUCUACCACAGACGCAACCCCUCCUCCGCCUCCCUCUCCUUGUCGUCAAGAUGCGUUCCCCGCGGUGUCCAUCGUGGAAGACGAUCGACUCUUAUCUCCACUUUCUGUGUCUGCGGAAUGCAUGCUCACCCCACCCAAGUUGAUUUCCGAUGUCCCGCCCACAGUUCCUACGAUGGAAGACGAGCCGGGUCUAUCAAACUUAACUUCCACAAUCAAACAAGCCAACACUUGUAAUCCGUCUCCCAUUUCUACGAUCGACGAUGUGAUUGUGCUCGAUGACAUCCCGGAUCCGUUCAACAAGGUUCCCUUUUUACUUCCAUCCCCUCCCGUAAUCUUCACUCCAAUCGCCUCAGCACCUUCCGACAAUCCGACAGUGUUUGAUCUCGACAACGACGCUGACAUGCUUCUGGGGAAAUCGGUCUUCCCUCCGGCGCCCGACAACGCUGUGGUUGAGCAGCCGACUUCUCUUGUCACCGUUUCCGAUGGGAAAACGGACACUGCACCAGCAGCUACUCCCCAGCCCGACCUGACCCCAUUCGGUCGCCUCAGUCUUCGCAAACGACGCAUCAUCCGAUCUCCUUACCCCCUCGCCUCCUUGCGAAAGCGCUACGCGAAGAAAUCCCUGCUGGCGACUGGAGGACUCACGUCGGUCGCCGAAGUGGUCUCCACCACACCCACCAAGCCCCCACCUCCGCGUGCACUAUUCGACUCACCUUUAUCGGCUUCCCCUGUGACUCGCCAAACCACAGUGGCGGCAGCAGGAUGCGGUGGAGUGGAUGAUGACUAG